GUAGGCGCAGUCCCCGAGUUCUCGUUAACCUCAUGUUCUACUUGAAACCAAAUUUCACGAAAUUAGCUAAUAUACUCUCAUUUGUUAACUCGAAAGACCGUCAUAGUCGAGUUGAUGGACCUUCUCUGCGAACUUACGAAUUCUCCGGACGUAAUACACUACUCAUAAGGUCGCUGAAAACUAUUCGACAGCAUUCAGCAACCUUACGAGUAAUGUGUUACAUCUGGAAAACGACUCACUACGUCUUUAUGAAGAAAACUUCUCACAAAGUUGCUCAAAACUACUUGACAGCGCAUGAUCGAUUUUACCCUUCCUGGGGCUCAUCAGGUAGGUGCAGUUCCCGAGUUUCCGUCAACCUUAUGUUCAUGUUCUACUUGAACUCAAAUUGCACUGUUUUCGAGAAAUACGCUCAUUUGCAAAUCAAUUUCGUUUUCACGAGAGACUCAACUGAAUCUCUCGUUUAUGGUAUUCUACAACUGAAUGUGCUGCAUACACGCGGCCUCAUGAUUUUACGUAAUCAUUCAGGUGCGUCCAACAAACGCUGGUUGAACAGUGGUAACAUACUCGCCUGGCAAAUUAGAUGUCCGGAGUUUAAACUUCAAGAAUACGCCCCACUGUUAGGGAGUGAGAUGACUCAGUGGUUAAAGCGAAAAUUUACUGACCGGAUGGUCCGUGGUUCGACAUCUGCCUCUCAACUUCCCCUGUCUAGUGUUGUCCAACCUGGCAGUAUCCCAGCCCUCGUGCUUCUUUCCGGUGGCACGGCAGCUAGGCGCCAGAAGCGUGUUACAGCUGAACGAUUUUUUUCAUUUUAUUGGCAUGAUAUUCGAGAUAUCGCAGUAUAUUUUCAUGAAGAAAACUACUCACAAAGUUGCUGGAAACUCUUCGAGAGCCCACAACCGGUUUCGCCCUUGUUGGAGCUCAUCA